CAUGGUCUUUCAGUUUAGUCUCUACUAUCAGGCUGUUGUGAAAGGAGAACGGAACGUGGAACACCCCACAUUUUUUUCCAACACUCUCCGAGAGAAGCAGACGAGAAAAAAGAGUCAUUUUCUCUACUCUGUGGAAUAAGCAGAUACUCGGGAGAUCAUUGAAUCCGUUGAAAUUUCGUGAUUGAAUACUGAGUGGGGAUCGAAUUUAUCUCGGUCCUUCUUUCACCCUUCCUCACCCUACCAGCGUCUUUGUUCGAUCGGUCUUUUCUAUCUCUGUCUGUGUCUGUUCGCCUGUUCCUCAUCAUUCGAUUUUUGGAGAAUCAGAUCGACGUGCUGCUGUCAUCAUCCCCACGCUCUCAAGUUGGAACGCUGCUUUUGUGUAGAAUUGGCUCCAGUUCUUGUGAAUGUCCUUUGCCAGCUACCUGCUCUAAAGUGAGUUGUUUUGGUCCCACGAGCAAGGAGAAGAAAGUGUUUUCACCUGAUUCCCCUUUUUGGCAAGAAACUAAUAAAUGAGAUUCUUGGGAUUAAGCUCGUUCUAAGGUGAGAAUGUCACCCGUGUUUGAUGGUCAAUCCUCACCUAAAACUUCGGCUCCAUGACCCCGAGCGUGGAUGUGGCAUCCUUGUUCCAAUUGGGUCGAAGGUGAAGACCACCGGUUCCUUAGCUACCUCGCCACGUCAAUGAGCAACAAUAACAUGGCGGCUUUGAGCCCAUCCUUGAUCCCCUCGACAUCAUUCCUCGUCUCUUUGCUGUUCUUAAUGGUCAUUCUAAUGGACUCCGUGAGGCCAUUGGAAAGGUCUAAAUACCCUCGCUCCAGGCAUAAUCGAGGCCGGCAUCAUGUUCUUGGUCCACCCCCACCUCAGCCCAGGCAUUUGCCCACCCUCCCCACCUAUCCGGCCCUGGCCAGCAUCCCGAGCAAAUCGGUCAAGGCGGCCGUCAAGAACCAUCGUCAGGAGGAGAAAAAGAUCCUGGACAAUAUCUUGGAUAGUACCGUCUAUGACAGCCGCUCUCGGCCCCAGGGUGUGAACAGCACAGAUGGUCCCACAAUCGUCAAUGUGAAUUUGUACGUCAGAAGCUUUGAAAAGAUUGAUGAUGUUAAAAUGGAAUACAGUGUUCAAAUCACGUUUCGUCAGCAAUGGAACGAUCACCGCCUGGCCUUCAAUGAUAUGAGUGGUAAGUCGCCGUAUCAAGUACUCACACUUCAAGAUUCUCGGAAGGUUUGGAUGCCAGAUACUUUCAGGAACGAGAAGCAUGGCCAGUUCCAUAACAUUAUCCAACCCAAUCUCUACAUAAGAGUGUUCCCCAACGGAGAUAUUCUCUACAGCAUAAGAGUGUCUCUCACGCUCUCUUGUCCCAUGACAUUGGAACUAUUUCCAUUGGACACCCAAACCUGCUAUCUAAGAGUGGCCAGUUAUGGUUUUACCACGGCCGACUUGGUCUAUACCUGGAAAGUGCCCGACCCGGUCCAAUUCGUGUCCAAUUUGUUUCUCCCCGGGGAUUCGAGUUGCAUAGUAUUUAGACGGGAGUUGUAAUGUCAAGACUGCACAGGUGAAUAUAGUUGUCUCACGGUGGACAUGACCUUCAAAAGGCAGCUCUCUUAUUACAUCAUCACCAUCUACAUUCCGACCUUCAUGAUCGUCAUGGUCUCUUGGAUGUCAUUUUGGUUGGACCAUAAAUCAGCUCCAGCGAGAGUGACCUUGACCAUCACUACCUUACUCGCUAUGUCUACCACAACGUCCUCCAUCAACCAAUCGCUUCCUCCUGUGGCUUACACAAAGGCCAUUGACGUGUGGUCCAAUCUCUGUGUUACAUUCGUAUUUUUGGCCCUCCUCGAAUAUGCUUUGGUCAACUACGCUGCUCGAGCUGAUGCGCGGAACAAUGCGGAGCGCGUGGCCUUGGAAAAACAAAUGGAACGCGACCGGCAGGAAGCCCAAUUCAUGUAUGAGGAGGAAGAGCAACAACAACAGCAUCAUCUAAAGCAACAGCAGCAACAACAACAACAACAGCUACUGCCACAUCAUCAACAACAGCAGCAACAGCAACGAUAUUACAACAACCAAAGGGACCCCCCUAUGUAUAGCAGGGACCCAUUGAUGCGUCGCAUUGCUGGCUCAGCUGUUAUUCGUGGGGAGAAUAAGCUCUUAUGUGCAGAAUUGCCCCGAGACCGAACUGGACGAUUUCAGGAUCAAAAUGGGACGGCCGUCAACGUGGUGGUCAAUACUGUGAUGAACUCUUUGUCUGGUCAUGUGGCCUCGGAGGCCAAGCGAAUCGACGUGAUAUCCAGGAUCAUAUUUCCGCUGUCGUUCGCCGGAUUCAACAUCAUGUAUUGGUCAUACUAUUUGACCAUGAGCUAUUACAGUACUUUCAAGGAUUAGAAAUCGCGACGAAUCUUCAAGAAGGGGUAUCCAAGGCUGUGAAAUGGCGAACACCAAGUUCAUUGCCCUCGCCUACACCGGCUUUCAAGCCUAAAGAGUUCCUCAAAUAAAAGAUAAUGAUAACGAAUCAUCCUCCGCGGUGCACGAUUCGUCCAUUGACGAUUGGACAACCGUGUUUUUGAUGAGCUGAUUUUCUUCGCCUUUUUUAUCACGGUUAAAAAAAUAUCCCCUCAAAUAGCUUCCCGCCUACCUUUUCGAAGUUGGGAAAUCAACAGUUGCUCAAGUUUGUCCUGCUCAUCAAGUUAUGUACUAGUUAUCUCCCCGUAAGAGUCGAGAAUGUUACAAUGAUUUUUCUAAAAGCACAUACGCACCACUCCCAGACAAAUGGAAAAAUUGAACGAGAAGUACAAUCAAAUGGGCAAGUUACCAAGUUCUACGGUUUGUUCGUUACCCUUUUAGCAAUCACUCUUAUGUUAUUACUUGAACUAAUGCCAACCAAGCAUACUUGUCACAUGUUACAUCCGCAAUAAACCUCCAAGUUGAAUCGUUUUGAAG